AUGGCUGGAACCCACCGUAUCUCACGCAACGACUGUGACCAGAAUGGUUUUAUUUCAUCCAUAUACGCAUCCAAGAGGUCGAAUGUUCCACAGUUUGUUGAAAGGUCUGCCAUUUUGGGAGCAAUUCCCGGCUUCAAGAAGCUGCAGGGAUCCAAAAACGAUGACUGGAUAGAUCGAAUGAGUCAUGUUUAUACGGUUGUCGUCCUUAUUAUUUUCGCUGUCGUCGUUAGUACGUCACAGUUCGUCGGCAACCCAAUUCACUGCUGGCAUCCGGCGGAGUUUAAAGGAUGGUACGAAAAAUAUGCGGAGUACUAUUGCUGGAUCUCAAACACGUACUUUGUCUCGUUUUCGGAGACACUUCCGGUUGAUAUUGGGGAGAGGCAGGACAGAGAGAUCACCUAUUACCAGUGGGUUCCUCUUAUUCUCGCUUUCCAAGCAUUCCUCUUCAAGUUCCCGAAUGUUGUUUGGAAGCUCCUGCACCCGAACUGCGGACUCAACUUGAACAAAAUCGUGACCAUGGCGGACAAGACCCAGCUCUCCUCCCCAACCGGAAGACAAGAAAUCAUCGAAAACAUGGCCGCCCACUUGGACAAAUGGUUGGACACGGAGCGAAACUACAGCUGGAACCGCUACACCGCCAUGCGAGAACGUGUUAGUCGAAUCUGCUGCAUCAUCUGUAGCAAAAGAAGCGGUACCUUCCUAUCCGGACUUUUCCUAUUCGUGAAAAUUUUAUACGUCGCUAACGUGAUCGGACAGUUUUUCCUCCUGAACGCAUUCAUGGCUACUGAUUACAACGUGUACGGCUUUGAAGUGAUCAAAGGUCUCCAAACGAACACGCCAUGGAAAGAAAGCCCGCGAUUCCCCCGCGUCACGUUCUGUGACUUCGAAAUUCGUCAGUUACAAAACAUCCAGCGCUUCACAAUUCAGUGCGUCCUGCCUAUCAACCUCUUCAACGAGAAGAUCUUCAUCUGUCUGUGGUUCUGGUUCUUUUUGAUCGCCGCGCUGUCCGUCUGGAAUCUCAUUUCCUGGUGCUUUACCAUCAUCAUGAAGCGUAACAGGGUCGCUUAUGUGAAGAAGUAUCUGAAAAUCACUGACCAGCUCCAGAAUGGGUUUGACCGAAAGUUGUGUCACAGAUUCGCGGAUAAUUAUCUCCGCGAAGAUGGAGUUUUUGUCCUGAGGGUUAUAACGCGUAACUCUACAGAUCUCGUCACUACAGAUCUCGUUUCAGCAAUGUGGAGAAAUUUCCAGGAUAAACAAAGCAAGCGGAUGCCGGAAAGUGACGGUACUCUCCGACCAAAUGAAAUGCCGCCCAUGACGCCCUCUAACGAUGAGAAACUACCACUUCCGGUUGAUUGA